UUACAGGAAGGGAAAUGUUUGACUUCCGGCUCUGUGGCGGAUGUUAAGCAGAGACUGUAAAGCUUCUUCUGCCUCAGUACUUUGCCGCAUCUUUACUUUAACAGGAGAAGACCCAGUCAUGGCUUCCACUGCGCCCAUUAAGAUUGGAAUAAUUGGUGGUUCAGGCCUUAAUGAUCCAGACAUCUUGGAGGGAAGGACUGAGCGAUAUGUGGAUACACCAUAUGGAAAGCCGUCUGAUGCCUUGAUACUGGGAAAGAUAAAAAAUGUGGAGUGUGUCCUGCUUGCAAGGCACGGGAGACAACACACCAUAAUGCCAUCCAAUGUGAAUUACCAGGCCAAUAUUUGGGCGCUGAGAGAAGAGGGCUGUACACAUCUGCUGGUUACCACAGCCUGUGGCUCACUGCGGGAGGAAAUUCAGCCUGGAGACAUUGUCAUCAUAGAUCAGUUCAUUGACAGGACCACAAAGAGAUCUCAGACGCUGUAUGAUGGACAGCCCACCAGUCCUCCAGGUGUGUGUCACAUCCCCAUGGCCGAACCUUUCUGUAACCGAACCAGAGAGGUUUUGGUGGAGGUGGCGCGGAGUCUGGGCGUUAAGUGUCACGUGCGAGGGACUAUGCUGACUAUCGAGGGGCCCCGCUUUUCCUCGAGAGCAGAGAGCCUGAUGUUCCGACAGUGGGGCGCUGACGUCAUCAACAUGACCACUGUGCCCGAGGUGGCCCUCGCCAAGGAGGCCGGCAUGUGCUAUGCCAGCAUCGCCAUGGCAACAGACUAUGACUGUUGGAAGGAACAUGAGGAGGCGGUCUGUGUUGACAAUGUAAUGAAGACGAUGAAGGAGAACGCCAACAAAGCCAGCAGUAUCCUGCUUACUGCAAUACCGCAGAUUAGUCAGCUGGACUGGUCUCAGACAAUGAAGACCUUGAAAUCAAUGGCACAAUCUUCGGUUAUGUUACCAAAACACUAAGGGUGUAGAAAACAAUUGAGUAGAAAAAGGACCCGAGACACCACCUGCACCGACUCCGACUCCUACACGGACAACAGACUCGACUCUGCCUGCGGAUUUGUCAUCAGUGAAUCACGAGAAAGUGCCUCACAUAAAUAAUGCAUGUGCUGUGUCUGCAGCUGGAGUUUCAGUGUUUUUCUUUUUUUUCCUUGACUCAAGAUGCAUAAAAAAAGUCCCUCUUCUCUCUGAUCAACACGCCACACUUUCUCUCUGGAACACUUCAGUCUAAUCACAUGUUUACAAAACACUUAAAAAGACCAAGAAACGAUUUUAAAUCUUACGACUAUGCUAGAUUUUUAGUUUUUUGUGGAUUUCGAUUUUGUUGUUGUCUGUAAGCCUUUGAAAUUUAUACAUUUGUUGCCAGUAAACCAUUGGUGUCUUUAUUGCUGUUAAUGCAGGAUGUAAUAAACAAAGUCUUUGUCAUUUAGCACAUGAAUAUUUAGUUACUGCCUUCGUCAUAUUACACAACUAAAAAAGUUUUAAAUACCUGCAAACACUUCAGCAAAAAUAGUUUGAAUAAAAUUCUUGUUCUCGGGAA